AAAUUCCACUUUUCGGCGAGGGGUUGGCAAUUUGAGAAAGUUCCGCGCCGUUCAACACUGUGGUCGCCUCGCGCCUUUCGGCCUUUUCGGUGAAGCCGCUCCCGCGAAAAAACCACAUUGGAAUUUUCUGCCAAGAUGCUUCGAGUCACAUUGAUAUGCAGUGUCAUCUUCUUCCUGCUGGUCAGCACGAAGAUUCCUGUGGAUGCGAGGUACCUGCCUACCAGAAGCAUGGACGACCGUCUCAAUCGACUCAGAGAAUUGCUCAGAGAUCUCUCUUUCGUCGAUAGAAAUGACAGGCCUCACUCGGGAUCGAAUCCAGAGUUGGGACCCGAGACAGACGCCUCUAGUAGCCAGGUGGACCCCCUCUUCUACCCCUUCGAUUCGCAAAGACUCCCCUUACCACGACGAUUUACCGGGACUAGCACCAACUAAUGGCAUUCAUCUCAAUCGGGUCACUCACACACCAACUUUAGACCUUCAUUGUUGCUCCUCAACCGCGUUGUCGACUUAUACAUGUCCAUGCCGUUUCUUUCAUGUUGUUUUUCCAUGUUGUAUUUUGCCCUGACCGUUGAAGUGUUGAAUCAUGACUGUUGAAUAUUGUAAAAAAAAACCGACUUUAUCUCAUAUCCGCCUUACAAGAGUUUCGGGAAUGGUUACGUUACUUGGAUCGAGUUCAAUAAAAGGAAGAGACCAAGUAACUACCAGGGCACGUUUAUUGCAGUGAUCUAAUUGCAUAGGAAGAUCAAUGGCAGGUGAGCUGUUUUUGAAGUGAACCAAGGAAAUCAGUCUCUUCUUGCUGAACUCGGUUCAUGCAGGGCUCGCUCGAGAAAAAAUGAAAAAAGUCGUCUACCUUACCUACGGAACUCUAAAUUUAGGGGUUGUAAAACAUUUUCCACUAAAACUUUAGCGGUUCUUUUUCCCUCUCUUCCUUUGAUUGAUUACAAAAUUUAAGUACUCUAAAAGUGCCAAAACGUAAGUUUGUAAGAAUAAAAUUCCUUUAUGUUCAAUCUUAAGGCGGAAAUAUUGUUUUUAAAAAAUGGAAACACUGCAUCACCAAAUAUUUUUUCUUUUUUAUUCAUCUGAUUGUUAAUUGUGUAAAGAAAGAGCCUUCUCUUUGAAAUGUUAUUAGUACAAAACCAAGCAUGCAGUUUCAUAGGUAGAACUUGAUUCUACGUCCUUUAGCCUACAAAACAAUCGCAGUUUGUAACAGCAAAUUAUAAUCUCUAAUAGAAAGUUUAAAUCCGAACUCUCCAUGACUCUGUCAUAAGCCCGAGUUCUUUUUUCUUUACUCAUGUACUCAUAGACGAUUCUGAGAUUUUUUUCUAUUUCUUGAUCACAAAUUGUUCAGUUAUUAUUGAAUCAUUUAUUUUAUAUAUCAUAAAUUCAUUAUAUACCAUUAAUUACACUGUGAAUGGAUAGCUUAUAAAGCACACAUUUAUUUUCAGUUUCAAAUUUUAUUUUAUAGCUAUCUAUAUUCAUGAUACACAUCCGGCACAUUUUAAUUGCUAGCUGUCACCGAGAUUCUCCACUAUCAUCAAAAUGUUGAUGAUUAUUAUAAAAUCUUUUGAAGUGACGAUCAGCUUCUCUCAAAAGGUUUAUGAAUUUUCCCUCCAUCUGAAAUUUUCAAAAUAAAACCACUGGACCGGCUGCAUAAAACUUAAUACCAAAAAGAAAACUAUACUUGUAACUUUUUUUCAUUUUAAACAAAAGGCAAAAAUGUUGUGUUGGGAUGGAACUUAUUCUUUCCGGAAUGUAUGUACAUUAAAAAAAAAAGACAUAAAUAUAAGGUAUACAUGUAUAAUGUUGUAUAAUUGCUUAUUUAGUUCCUCUGACCUCAACUGCAAGGAAAACUGUAAUUUAUAAAGUUUGUCUGAUUGGAGCAACAAUUUUCCUUUUUCAUCGCAUGUUUUUUUUUCUAAAGCUAUUUUUUUAUAUUUGUACCAUACUUUUUUGAAAGCUUGUUGUCAAGCUCUUAAAAACACCUCUCAGAUAUUUGACGAUAGAAUGUUUCAAUAAAAACAGUUCUCCUCGAUUUCA